CUUGUUUCAUGCACGCUGAUGUGCAACGCCAUGAUAUCUGCCAUGUUGCAUUUAUGAAGCGACGGUGUCUAACAGACUACACCCUAUCGAUUGUUAUGGAGGUCUGAGGUCCAGAGGAAGCGCUAUUAAAGAUUAAAGGGUCAGGUGAUGUGAAGGUGGUAUCCAGAGUCAUCAGACACCAGCGGCUUCAGUUACAUGCUGUAAUGUCCGCCCGUCAAACAGAUUAUCCUGCCUGAUUUAUUUAUUAACCCAUCACCAAAACCCCUCCUUCAUUUCCUACCCUGACUGCUUUACAGCGCGACUGGAUGGCAGAUUUUCAUUUCCAAUUAACAGAUAAUCUCCAGUAGGAAUAUUUUUUGUGUCAAUCCUCACCACUCUCAGGCAAAACUCGCGUCUUUUUGCAAAGACACAUCAACAAAAACUAAAGUUCUCAAGUCAAAUGAGCAUAUUAGGCACCAUUCGAGUAAAAUCUUUGAACUGAUACAGCAACCGUUUAAUUGGGAUAUAAUGGAACUCUGGUAUUACAAGACACUAUCAGGGACGCACAUCUUCACAGAAAGCCUCUGCACUCCCUGUCUUAUCUGGAGUGGCAAACACACUGCUCUAAUUGUUAUCUUCACACUAAUAGAGUGAAUGUUUUGAAAUCAUUUGGCGGGAUGGAUAAAGACUUCCAAUGCUUACUGUCUUUGUCAUGGCUUAUCAGACAGAGCUGGAGAAGUGUGGGGAAAGUGUCUGGGAAAGUAAACAGAAACCCCAAAAUACUGUUUAGAUGUGUUUUACUUACGAUAAACAAGAUGAUCUGAUUGCUUUUUAACGAGGUUGAAUUUAUUUUAUCUGUCAUUAGUUUUUAUUUGCAAUAAUUCUAAAAAUGUCAACUUUUAGAUUCAGUUUCUUUGGGAUCUUUAAGGGCAAAGAUUUUGGCUCAGCUGUGGUAAAAAGAUGUGUGACGUGCAUUAAUACAAACAAGGAGAAAUCCAAUCUGCCACUACAAGAUCUUCAACUUUGGCAGCUUCAAAAACAAAAGUUGGCUGCAGACUUCAUUGUUUUAAUGCGCGCGCGCUCUACUGGUUGAUUAUUUAAAGCAGACUUCAACCCAUUAUCUUCCUCUGGUCCUUCCUGAGUCCUGGUUAAUUGUGUGUCCACGCGAUAAUAAAGCAUUAAGAGCCAUGCCUCGUUCAUUAAAGUGGAGUUGGGAAGUGUGAGACCGCCCCCUUUCAGGAGUAAAAAAAAAAAAAAAAAAAAGAUUAUUGCUCCUCGCAAGGGGAGAGAGGCUUUAGGGAAACAUUCGGUCGGAACAGAAACAGCGCUUGAACAUCACUCUGAAGCUCCGGCACCACCUCCACCUCCACAGCCGCUCCACCGAGUCCCUCGCCGCUCACCGGCACCUUGCGAGAGAGAAGAGGCGCUGCGUCCUCACCGCCUCCAGAGCAGACACUGUCCGAUCACAGAGGGUGGGGGGAGACUGAGAGAGGGAGCAAGAGAGAGAGAGAGAGGAGUUUUCUCUGAUAUUAUACAGACUCCCACCACGUCGCUACUGUGCGUUACUUUUUUCACCCCCUCUCUCCCGGCGCCUUCUGCUAAGUUACGCUCCUGGAUUUUAAGUGCGUCUCAGCGAACUCCGUCCCCAUCAGGCAGCGCGGCUCCGACCUUCCUGGGCCAGACAAGCCGGCGGAGCGCCUCUUCUUCUUCUUCUUCUGCGAUCUUUUCUCUUCAACCAGAGAAGAUUUCACACCAAACAAAGUACAGAUGCUGGAUCUUUGAGCUGAUUGAAACAAAAAGAAAGCAGGUAAAAAAAGAGAGAGAGACGGAUAAAGGAAGAGCAGAAGAGUGAAGAGAAAGAGGAGAUAGAAGAAGAAGGAGGCGAAAGAAGAAAGCUUCAAGUUCUUAAGAAAGAGGAGAGAAAGAAAAAGACGGGGACAAUGGGGAGGAAAAAGAUUCAGAUCACGCGGAUUAUGGAUGAACGCAACAGACAGGUGACAUUUACAAAGCGAAAGUUUGGCCUGAUGAAGAAGGCAUACGAGCUGAGCGUGCUGUGUGACUGUGAGAUCGCCCUGAUCAUCUUCAACAGCACUAACAAGCUGUUCCAGUAUGCCAGCACAGACAUGGACAAGGUCCUGCUUAAAUACACCGAGUACAAUGAGCCCCACGAGAGCAGAACCAACUCGGAUAUUGUGGAGGCAUUGAACAAGAAGGAGAACAAGGGCGGCGAGAGCCCGGAGCUUGAGUCUGCUCUCAUCCUCACCCCAAGCACUGAGGAGAAAUACAAACAGAUUAACGAAGAGUUUGAUCACAUGAUAAAAUCUCAUAAAAUACCACAGGCUGUGCCCCCAUCAAACUACGACAUGCCCGUAUCCAUUCCCUCUAGCAACCAGAACAAUCUAAUCUACAGCCAUCCCGGUGGGUCCCUAGGCAACCACAAUCUGCUGCCGUUAGCGCACCAUGGUCUGCAGAGGAAUAGCAUGUCUCCUGGAGUGACACACAGACCCCCCAGUGCAGGUGGCCUCAUGGGUGCUGACCUCACCACUGGCGCAGGCACCAGUGCUGGAAAUGGCUAUGGGAAUCACCGCAACUCACCUGGACUGCUGGUUUCUACUGGCGGGAUGAACAAGAACAUGCAGACCAAGUCUCCCCCACCCAUGAACUUAGGCAUGAACAGCCGUAAGCCUGACCUACGCGUGCUCAUCCCCCCUGGAGCCAAGAACAACAUGCCCUCCAUCUCUGAGGAUGUUGAUCUGCUAUUGAACCAGAGAAUAAACAACUCGCAGUCUGCUCAGUCAUUGGCUACCCCAGUGGUAUCAGUAGCAACUCCCACUCUACCAGGACAGGGCAUGGGUGGUUACCCAUCUGCCAUCUCUACUUCUUAUGGUACCGAGUAUUCCCUGAACAGUGCAGACCUGUCCUCGUUGUCUGGCUUCAACAGUGGCAGCUCCCUCCACCUCGGCUCCAUGAGUGGGUGGCAACAGCAACAUCUUCAGAACAUGCAGCAUUCAGCUCUCGGCCAGCUAGGAAGUUGCUCUAGCUCUCACUUGUGUCAGGGCUCAAAUCUCUCUCUGCCCUCUGCUCAAAACCUGCACAUCAAGUCCGAACCGGUUUCUCCUCCUAGAGAUCGCACCAGCAGCACACCGGGGGGCUACGGCGGUGGGGUGCCGCCUCCACAGAACGCCUCAUCCCGCCAGGACUCGGGACGCUCCCCCGUCGAUAGCUUGAGCAGUUGUAGCAGCUCCCAUGAGGGCAGCGACCGCGACGAGCACAGGAACGAGUUCCACUCGCCCCUAGGACUGGCCCGGGCCGCCCUGGAUGAGCGAGAGAGUCCGUCCAUUAAACGGGUGCGCCUCUCAGAAGGAUGGGCGACAUGAUGGCCCUGUCAACACCCCCAGCAGAGCCCCGAGUUGCCCCGGAGCCCCUGACAGAGCAGCGUUGCGAUGCCCCCGUCAGCUCCCUCUUCCUCAUCCUCACUCGACAUCACGAGUCACACACCACCCGACCCCACGGCCUCUCUCCUUUUAUCUUUUUAUUGCUGAAGGAAAGAAAAGGGACAGCCCUCUUCAAGUGUUUCUUUUUUUUAUUUUAUCUUUUUGUUUCUCGUUUUUGCUGAGUGUGUGUGCGUGCGUGUGCUUUACAUAUUGACAUUAUAUAAGCCAGUUGGCUGUUGUAACGGGGUUUUGGGAGGGUGGGUGUUGGUUCAGACGAGAUUACAGGGGAAUUUUUGUUGGGGAACUAUGCAUAAAUUGUAUUGUUUGUGGUUAAAAAAGAAUCAAGUAUGCAUAUAUCUUUACACGUACGUAUGUGUACAUAUAUGCAUAUCAGCAAAUUAAAAAAAGGUAGUCAGGUACUCAGUCUCAUAAAAUGUACUUUCGAUUCGCCUCAGCGAUGUAUCAUUAGUCAGAAAAAGGAGGAAAAAACAACAAAAAAACGUGAGAGUGAGUGUGUCGGGUGAAGAACACCUUGCACUUGAGAUGGACAAAACUUACGCGUGUACAGAAUCUGUUUCAAUGCUAUGUACCUUCUCUGCAGCUCUCCCUUGCAAAAAUGUGUGUUAACAUUAGAUGAUGUCAUGUUGCAGGUUCAACGUAUUUAUGUAAAUAACGGGUCACGGGAAGGGGGCUGGGCUGGGGCGGUUACGGCAGGGCAGGGCAGGGCAGGGGGUCAAAAAGUUGCCAGACAUUUCAAGAUUUAACAACUCAAUAAACGAAAACGCUAUUAUGCAACAUUUGAAGGACUGUACAGGUAAACAUGCAAACAGGUGAUUUUAGCGCUCCACUUAAAGAACGGAGUCAGGACCCCCAUUUGAUCCAAGAGCUCCACGGGUGUAAUCAACAAAACUCUGGAUCUAGUAUUAACAACUCAGUAUUGAUAAACAAAAAAAACAAAAACAAUAAAAAAAAUACAAUUGUACGAUACACUUGCUUAUAUUUUCAUAUGAAAGGAAUACAAUGCAAAGCAUUUUGUGGCUUUUUGUAGUUUCUAUAAGCCAGAAUGUGUUUUUUGAUAGCUUUGCUAAUAAAAGAUGGAUAGUUCAACCCAAGGGGGUGGCGCGUUGGUUUGAA